AUGGCACCUGGAUGUGCAUACACCCUCGCCCUCCCAGACGGGCGCACUCUCGCGUACUCCCACUCCGGGCCCGCGGACGCUACCAUCCUCGUCGUGUGGUUCCACGGGCUGUUCAGCGUCGGCGACGCCGCCCGGCCCUCGCUGCCCAUCCGCACCCGCGGCGCACGCUACCUCGCGCCGACGCUGCCCGGAUGGGGCGCGACGUCUCCCCUGGGCCCGAGGAAGACCUUCCCAGAGACGGUCGUCGCCGACACGCGCGCGCUCCUCGCGCACCUCUACCCCGCGCACUUCGCCGGGCCGUCUUCUUCCCCCUCCUCCCCCUCCGCGCGCCCGGAUCCGGAACCGCGCCUGCGCAUCUACCUCGCCGGGGGCUCCUUCGGCACCUGCCCCGCGCAGAUCGUCUUCGGCGCGCCCUACGGCGCGUUCCCGCCCGGGGCGCACGUCGUCGCGUGCGUGCUCGGCGCCCCGCUCUCGCCCUUCGCGGAGCACGCGGGGUACGCGCGCGCGCUCAGCUGGCGCGACUGGCUCGGGGUCGGCCCGCCCGCGCGGUGGCUCCCGUGGCACCUCCUCCCGCGCGCGACCGCGGCGGCGCUCCGGCCGCGCCUGCGCACCGUCGAGGACGCGGAGAAGAUGCUGCGCGGGCUGUACUUCGACGAGAUGGGAGAGGAGGAGAAGGGAGCGUACGCGGCGUGGCGCGCGCGGAACGGCGUGCAGGAGGGCGACGUGGGCACGUCGUGGGCGGGCUUCUUGGGAACCGCGGACGCGCUCCACGCGGACUGGGGCUUCAGGAUCGCGGAGAUGGACGAGGAGCAUGCGCGGAAGCGGGUCGUGGUUAUGGCGGGGAGGGAGGACACGAGCAUGCUCAGGAUGGGCCGAUACUUGGCGAAGAGCUACAGGAACGCGAAGCUGGUGGAGUACGAGGGAGGGCAUCUGGCGGGGGCGUGGGGCUUUGAACGCGUUUGGGAGGGACUCUUUGCGGAGCUUGAGGACGGUGGAGAUUGA